AUGUACUACCAAGGAGUUUCAUAUAUCGAAAACUCAGCGAAUGUAGACAAAUCUUACGAUGGUAAAGCUCUCCUACGUGACUUCUGGCCAUCAAGGAAGCGCAAAUAUGAGAAUAUGACGGAAGACGAAGUGAGAUCGUAUGUUCGUCACAUGGAACUUCCCAUGGCACGGGUUAAGAAAAUAAUGAAACUCGAUGACUCUGUUAGGAACCAGAUGAUAAGUGGCGAUGCUCCUUUGGUGCUUUCCGCUGCAGCUGAAAUGUUCAUUCAAGAGAUUACAUUAAGAGCAUGGAACUUGGUAGAUGAGGGUCGAAGGAAAACUCUACAAAAGUGUGACAUAGUUGCUGCUUGUAGUCGUUCAGAAACCUUCGAUUUCUUAAUAGAUAUUGUACCUCGAGAUGAUUCCAGACGGAACCAGGUGGUGAAGUUGGCCCAAUAUGCUUCUGAUGAAGCGAACCCUGCUAAUAAUCAACAGUCACAGCCGGUGCAAUAUGUUAUGGCAGAUUGUGAAACUUCAGGAAAUAAUGUUAUUCAGCUUGACAACGGCCAAGUUCUGCAUGCUACUGCUAUAGGACAGCCUAUUCCCAUAACCGAUCCUACUGUUUCUUUCGAUAUAAGUCAAAUGCAACUACCUACGGGCGUUCAGUUUGUGCAAAUGCAGUCUCAACAAUAA